UGAUCUCCGGUUGACUGCAGCCGUCAGUCGGAGCCAGUUGUAGCGGAGCCGCUAGCCCGUCCGCCGUUACCGUGGAUAUGAGAGGAGGUGGGACGCGUUAGCAGCCGCUGGUGUACAGGCCGCGGCGGAGUAGCGUUUGUUUCAGCCGGACUCCACCGUCCGUGACGCCCGCCGGCGCUCCGAGCUAGCUGUCGUGCUAACCUGUUAGCUUCCACGCGCCAGCCUGACCAGCAGAGCGGGAGCCGAACGGCGCGGACUCCUGCGGGUUCGACUCUCGGUUUACGGAACCACCCUCGUCCCCCCGACGAGGGUUCAUUCCGCGGAGAUGGACAACCUGACUGAAGCCCUGCAGAAGCUGAAGCUGGCGUCCGGCGACGGCACCGCCCACGGCGUGGACAUCUGCCUGGACUGUCUACUGAAAGCGCUCGCCAGCAGCAACACUGAAGCCAGCAUGAAGAUCCAGGAGAUGGGCAUCCUUCCUCUUUUUCCCAACCUGCUCAACCCCCAGUCUUCAUGCACCCCCAAAGUGGCCAACAUAAUAGCAGAACUGGCUAAAAAUGAGUUCAUGCGGAGUUCCUGUGUGGAUGCAGGCCUCAUCCCUCCUCUGGUUCAGCUCCUGAACUCCACCGACCAGGAGGUGCUGCUGCAGACUGGCCGAGCUCUUGGUAACAUCUGCUAUGACAGCCAUGAGGGCAGGAGUGCAGUUCACCUGGCAGGAGGGGCUCAGAUAGUAGCUGAACACAUUAAAUCCCUCUACCAAAAUACUCAGCCGGAAAAUGAGAAGCUCUUGACUGUCUUUUGUGGCAUGCUGAUGAACUAUAGCAAUGAUAAUGAUUCCUUACAAGCCCAAUUGAUCAACAUGGGUGUGAUUCCUACGCUGGUGAAGCUGCUGGGCAUCCAUUCCCACAAUGCAUCUCUGACAGAAAUGUGUCUCAUUGCCUUUGGGAAUUUGGCCGAGCUCGAGUCCAGCAAGGAGCAGUUUGCCGCCACCAACAUCGCCGAGGAGCUGGUUCGUCUUUUCCAGAAGCAGGCCGAACACGACAAGAAAGAAAUGAUCUUUGAAGUUCUGGCUCCGCUGGCCGAAAACGAUGCCAUCAAGCUGCAGCUGGUGGAGGCGGGCCUGGUGGAGUGUCUGCUGGACGUGGUCGCUCAGACGAUAGACGGAGAGCGGGAAGAGGACGUCGCCCAGCUCAAGACUGCCUCAGACCUCAUGGUCCUCCUGCUUCUCGGAGAUGAGUCCAUGCAGAAGCUGUUUGAGGGGGGAAAGGGCAGCGUCUUCCAGAGGGUUUUGUCCUGGAUACCAUCGAACAACCACCAGCUGCAGCUGGCCGGCGCUCUGGCCAUCGCCAACUUUGCACGCAAUGAUGGGAACUGUAUCCACAUGGUGGACACUGGAAUCGUACAGAAGCUUCUGGACCUGCUGGAUCGACACGUAGAGGAAGGCAAUGUGACCGUCCAACACGCCGCUCUGAGCGCCCUGCGCAACCUAGCUAUACCAGUCGUAAACAAGUCCAAGAUGCUGUCGGCCGGUGUGGCAGACGUGGUGCUGAAGUUUCUGCAAUCAGAGAUGCCUCCGGUCCAGUUCAAGCUCCUGGGGACAUUACGCAUGCUGAUAGACACUCAGGCUGAAGCUGCAGACCAGCUGGGAACCAACGGGAAGCUGGUGGAGCGGCUGGUGGAGUGGUGCGAAGCCAAAGAUCACGCAGGGGUGAUGGGCGAGUCCAACCGCCUUCUGUCGGCCCUCAUUCGGCACAGCAAGUCUAAGGAGGUCGUCAGGACCGUCAUCCAGGGCGGAGGGGUCAAACAUUUGGUCACCAUGGCAACCAGUGAGCAUAUGAUUAUGCAGAAUGAAGCACUGGUGGCUCUGGGCCUAAUAGCAGCACUGGACUUAGUUGCAGCAGAGAAGGACUUUGUUGGAGCCAACCUGGUGUCGGUUCUCCAUAAACUGCUGUCCGACGAGAGGAGCGCGCCAGAGAUUAAAUAUAACUCCAUGAUUCUCAUCUGUGCUCUCAUGGGUUCAGAACCUCUCCACAAGGAGGUCCAGAGCCUGGCGUUCAUCGACGUCGUGUCCAAGCUGAGGGCUCACGAAAACAAGACGGUGUCGCACCAGGCGUCGCUCACGGAGCAGCGGCUAACGGCCCAGAGCUAAAUGACUGUGUCCUGCCCAAACCACGCCCCCUCUCGCCCCGAAACACCCGCCUGUUCACACACCUGACGCCUGUCAAUCGCUGCCCCCGUGCCCUGUCAUCACGUGCCAAGGUACCAUUAACUGCCAGCCAGACACCUCUGACCCCGAGUCUCCGCCCCCACCCUCUAGGCUUAGACUGAUGUGUCCCACUGAAUGACACUUCUUCAUCUUUUUCUAGUUUUUCUUCAUUUUUGUACAAGUCUCCACCGAAAAUCCUAAAUCUGUCAGCAUAAACGGCCUCUGAAACUGUUUAUCGGUUCUCACGGGACGUCUGAUACUCUCCCUCUGAAAGCCAUAAGAAGAGAUUGAUCCGGGUGUGUGAGCAGGUCCGUAAAACCCGCGUCGCUCGGCGUGAUUUGCAGCCGCUGAUGCAUCAGUCUAAACCUAGCCUGCAGCUCACCUUUGCAUGCAUCUCCUGCCGUCUGCAGCUCCCCGAGAGCUUCGGCGCCACCAACAGCCUGGCGCCAUAGACACAUCACUCUUUUAAGACCACAGCUGUGACACUAUCUGCCAGUAACCUACCAGUAACCAUGUGGACAAAGAACCAAAAAAAGACAAAAAAUAUUGUUGUGAUCCCUUUUCUUUUUCUAGCAGCAUCCAUGACGUGCGCAGUCGUGUCCCACGUAGACCGAGUAGAACUUGACUAGAAACUGUGCAUGUUUUCGUCCCGUUGAAGCUGUGACGUGUUCACUUCUCUGCACUCAUGUCCUUAUCGCCGCCCACACCUCCAGUCGUGUGCGCUCCCUUUUUUGGCAUUAGGACUUCCUUCUUCCUCCCUCGUCCCGUCCCAAAGACGUCCCCCUGAUCCAGCAGCUCAUGCGGAAGGUAGAGGCCUCACUCUCUGACCGGAAACCCGGGAUCAGACUCACCUGACAGGAGAGAGCAGAGCCGGAAGAGUCCAGUUUGACACCACAGAAUGUCCAAUCUCCAACAGAACGUGUGCCUUUCGCCAACCCCGUUAGACGUGUGACCACGGCAGAGACGCGGCGCUCUGGCUGUGGUUCUGGACGACCCUUCUCCUUAUCCGUGCUUCAUCAGACUCACCUGAAAAUUCUACUGUAGUGCUGCUGUGAGAGACGAGUUGAACGCACCUGAGACACAUCCACUGGGUCAUGCUAACUCACAGACGGGUCUGCAGGACAUUUCAGUUUUGAUCUGAAGGAAAAACUGGAUUUAGGAGAAUCAUGUUCAUGAAAACCUUCAGUCCACUGGAGCUCAGUGGAAGCUCUUAGACAGGAACGGAUCUUUACUCUGACCACGAGGCGGGACGGAGGUUUAGACCAGAAGGUUCUAGUCUACCUGCAUUACAAAGGCCACCAAGUCCUGAAGAGGGAGAUUUGACUCUAAAAGGCCACAGCAGAAGGGAUUUAGUUUGUAGAUUUGAGGUCACGAACAAUCUAUCAAAGAUGGUUUUCUAGGCAUGCUGGAGGAGCUGGAACACGUGUGACGAGUCUUUAAAGAACACGUCAGAAUGGGUUGAGGUUAAAGGGCGAGCGUACUGAUGCACAGCCUGUUCCCCGGUCUGGAUCCCACAUUCCUACGUAUGAACGGUUAUUUAUCAGAGUCGUGAUCUACUGCAGACACGCGCCAGUGGAACUGUAUGCAUAGUAACUGCGUGAAAUGCUAUAAACGUAAAUGUUUGUUAUCAAUGUCACAAGUUGUACAUUUGGAGAUCUCAGCAGAUGAAAUAAAAACCAUAGCUGGUGA